AUGGCGAAUUUUAAAGCGAAAGCGGUAAGUGUACCCCAGGUGGGUGGAACAAAUGUCAACUCCCACACCUUGAAAAAGGUCUGCCUCGAGGAUUCUGGGGGAGGCAAAAAUUCGUAUCAUCCAAUCAAAACGAACAGAAAACGUUUCCAAAAAUCACAGCUGCUCUAUAUUGCGACAUACAAUGCCAAGACACUGUCAACAGACGAAAAACUUCUGGAACUAGAGGAAGAACUGAAAAAUGUGAAAUGGGACAUAAUAGGCAUAAGUGAGGCCCGCCGGAUAGGAGAGGGCGAAGUUGUUUUACAAUCUGGGAAUACAUUAUGCUAUUCAGGUGAAGAAACUGCCUUAAGGGGCGUUGGAAUAUUAGUUCACAAGAGACAUAGAGAUAAGAUUUUAGAUGUCAAAUCAAUAAGCUCACGAGUCUUGUGUUUGAUACUCCAGAUAAAUCGAAAAUACUCUUUGAAGAUUAUUCAGGCCUAUGCACCGACCAUCGCAUCUACUGAUGACGAGUUCGAUAUCUUCUACGAAGAUAUAUCCACAGCCCUACUAUACGGAAAAACAUACUUCACUCUGUUAAUUGGAGAUUUGAAUGCCAAAGUUGGUAGUAAACAAAAUGAAAUGGAAACUGCAGUCAGCUAUCAUGGACUGGGAAGUCGGAAUGAAAGAGGUAACGCACUUAUAGAUUUUGCCCACCACAAUAACUUAUAUAUAAUGAACACCUUCUUUAAGAAAAGAGACAAUAAAAAGUGGACGUGGGCUAGUCCAGAUGGCAAAACCAGAAAUGCAAUAGAUUUCAUAAUCAGCAGCAGAAAGGACAUAAUCAACGACAUUGAUGUCUUGAACAGGUUUUCGACAGGAAGCGACCACCGUAUGGUGAGAGCCGAAAUAAAAUUGAACAUAAAAAAGGAAAGAGCCAAUAUGGUACUCAAAAGAAAAAGCAAGAAAUGGGUAACCCCCAAGAAUACAGAUUCCUAUAUAAAUUGUAUAUCUUCAAAUCUGAAUUAUGAGGAUAAUAUGCCAAUGGACGAAAUAUAUGAGAACAUAAGAGAGUCGAUAAAAACGGCGAUUGAACAAUUUUGCCCGAAAGAAGUAAAAGAACAGAAACUAAACCAGAAAAUAAGACAUCUAAUGAAACAAAGAAGAGACAUGGAAGACAAGACCACACAGGAAUAUAGCAUCCUCAACAGAAAAAUAUCUAGAGAAAUGAGAAAGCAAAAAAGACAACUGAAUGCUGAAAAAAUAAAGAGUGUUAUAGAGGAGAAUAAAAGUUUUAAGCUGCUGAGGAAGACUACGAUGGGGAAAAGGGAGAUACAGAAGAUCAAGGAUAGACACGGAAACGUCGUGACUCAAAAACAGGAAAUUAUAAAGUCUAUAAAACUUUUCUACCAAGAAUUAUAUACAUCCAAGCAUUGUUUCAUUCCUAAUCCAAUGAAAAUCAAAUGA